AUGGAAAGUGCCUUCAUUAAAUCGAUUCAAGAUAAGAAAAUAAAGGAUUCAGUGUCCUUCUCAUCAGGAGAUGACAUUAACGAUGAAAUACGAAUAGAAUUCGAUGAAAAAUCCAUUAAACGUACAGAUUUCGUGCAAAGUAACGCAGCUGUAUCCAGAAAGCAUCCAAUGUAUAUGGAAUUUUAUGGAAUUAGUUACUCAAUACCAAUUUCCCAGAAAAAGGUGGUUGGUAAACAAUCUAAUAAAGAAACUGGGAAGAAUUCACGAAAAUUGAUUAUUCAAAAUAUUCAUGGAUUUGCUGGACCUGGGGAAAUCUUAGCGGUAAUGGGCCCAUCGGGAUGCGGAAAAACUACUCUUUUAAACGCGCUCUCAGGUCGCGUAGAUGCUAAAGACUUGGAAGGGUCAAUUAAAAUGAAUGGACAUCAAUCAACUAAAGAUUUAAAGCGUUUUAUAGCCUAUUGUACUCAAGAUGACGUUUUUUUUCCAUACUUAACAGUUAGAGAGACACUCUCUUAUACGUCCAGACUGCGUCUUCCGCGUGAAGUGCCCACUAGCGCAAAGCUAGAGCAAAUGGAAAACGUAAUUCAAGCGUUAGACCUUUCAAAAUGUUCAAAUACAAAAAUUGGUGAUGCAAGAGUUCGUGGAAUAUCAGGUGGUGAGAGGAAACGGGUUAGUAUUGCAAACGAACUGUUAACCGAUCCUAGUAUUAUAUUGUUGGACGAACCCACUUCUGGUUUAGAUUCGUCAUUAGCAUCAGAACUUGUGAAGAUUCUAAAAGAAUUUGCGGUAAAGCAAAAAAAAACGAUAAUAAUGGUUGUUCAUCAGCCCUCAUCACAGGUUUUUGAAUUAUUUGAUAGGCUUUUACUAAUGGCAGAUGGACAAGUAGUUUAUUUUGGUGAUAGAGCGAAUAUUGUCGAUUAUCUUGCCAACGAAGGAUUUGUUUGUCACCCUAAUUUCAAUCCAGCUGACUAUAUGUUGGAAAUUUUGAAUGACACAACAGUAAAACAAAAACUAAUAUCUGCAUAUACACAAAACAUACAACCAGAUUCAUCUGGUAAAUUAGUAGUAGAAAGAUGUUUUAAAAGUCCCACAAAUCCUGAUUACUCGAUAAUAAAAGAAUCUUCAAAACAUAAAUGGGAGGCAACAUUUCUUCAACAAUUAAUGAUUCUUACAGAAAGAAGUUUUAAACAACGUAGUAAAGUUUUGUUAUCGAAACUAAAUUUCUCACAAAUAUUUCUUAUGGCGAUACUUAUCAGCCUUGCUUGGUUUCAAUUACCUUAUAUUGAAGCUAAUUUAACUGAUCGAUGUGGUUUGAUCUUCUUCACAACAUCGUUUUGGGGAUUUUUUCCAUCAACGAACACAUUAUCUGCAUUCCCACUAGACUUUAACGUUCUUAGAAAAGAACGUCAAUCACGUUCAUAUCGACUUCUCACGUAUUUCCUCUCGAAACAAAUCUCAGAAUUUCCACUUAUCAUCAUUUUUCCAGUACUUUUUAAUUUGGUUACUUAUUGGGCUACCGGGUUGGUACCAGAUGCUAGUAGUUUCCUUGCAUAUGUGGCGACCGCAAUAUUGUCGACUUUAACAGCACAAAGUAUUGGUUACCUUGUUGGAGCUACUUUUAUGGAUAUUCAAAGUGCAAUAAUGGCAAACACAGUUACCAUGCUAGGAUCCAUGAUAGUAGGUGGAUUUUAUACACGCACUUUACCAUCUGGGUUGAUAUGUGAAUAUUCACAAUGUUCAAAUGGUUCUUCUUCAGAUGGUUAUAUACCAGGAGCUGCUGUGUUAGAUCAUUUAAACCUGAAUGAAUUGCCUUGGUAUGCUAAUUUAUUAAUAUUAAUUGGAUUUUCGCUUAUAAUUAGAAGUUUAGCUUAUUUUAGUUUGAAAAGGAAUAGUAAAAAGUAA